AUGGCCGACGAAUCUACAUGUGCUCCCUUAACAAGGGCUUCCGUGGUCAACGCCCACGAGCUUAUCAAGUCCCGAAUUCACAAAACCCCUGUCUUCACUAGCAGAUUCCUAAACCAGCUAGCAUCAACAGAGCAAGCAGGAAGUCAAAGACCCGCCAAACCCAUCUUGAGACUAUGGUUCAAAUGCGAGAAUCUACAGCGCAUCGGCGCUUUCAAAGCACGGGGUGCAUUCCAUGCAAUUGAGAAAUUGAAACAAGAGCCCAGCUGGCUUGAAAAUGGCGGGGCGAAGAAAGGAGUUGUUUGUAACCAUGCUCAGGCUGUUGCUCUCGCUGCUCGUGAAAGUCAAAUCACGGCACACAUUGUCAUGCCUGAGACUAGCAGUCCUGUUAAAAUUCAAUCUGUCAGAGAAUAUAGUGCUAGUCUUAUAUUGUGUGGACGAUUCGAGCGCGAGGCAUGCGCUGCUGAAAUCAUGGCGAAGACUGGUGCCCGUGGGGGCGGACUACUUGCUGGCACUGCGCUCAGCUGCGAGGGUACCGGGAUUCGCGUCUAUGGGGCUGAGCCAGAGUUUGAGGGCGCGGAUGAUGGGCGUCGAGGCUUUUUAUCUGGUGAGAGGGUCACUCAUGUUGAGUCGAAUACUAUUGCGGAUGGGUUGAUGGGCAAGCUUGGGGUUCUUCCUUGGGAGAUUAUUUAUGAGAGACGUUUGGUUGAUAUGAUGUAUGCUGUGACGGAGGAGAAUAUUCUGGAUGCUAUGAAACUUAUCUUUGAGAGGCUGAAGCUGGUGGUUGAGCCUGCUGCUGCUGUGCCUUUGGCGGUUGUUCUUUACAAUGAGGAGUUUCGGGGAAUGGUGGAGCGUGAGGCUGGGGAGAAAGGAUGGGAUGUGGGUAUCAUUUUGAGUGGAGGGAAUGUAGGAGUUGGUAGAAUUUCUGAUCUUUUUGCUCGGAAAUAG